AUGAGAGCAUUUCUAAGAAGUUUAGACAUCGAUGCUUGGAAAGCCACCGAACAAGGUGAUCACAUUCCAACCAAAGUUGUUGAUGGUCAAAGAGUUCCAAAAAUCGAUGAUGAGUGGACUCAAAAUGAGCGUAGGCUUGUUCAAUGUAAUGUCAUAGCUAUCACAAAUCUCUAUUGUGCUCUAAGCAAAGACGACUUCAAUAGAGUUUCAGAUUGUGAAACGGCCAAAGAGAUUUGGGAUAAACUUGAAAGGGGUUCUGGGUCUACGCAGCAGUAUACCGGCGGUGACUACAAGGACGCCGGAGCCGGCAAUGGCGAUGAGAACCAUCGAGUCGGAGUCGUAGAGCUUGACUCGGUUCUUGGAAAGUCAUAUAUAUCAUCCGAAAAUGUGAGAAAAAUUCUUAGAUCUUUGCCUAAGAAUUGGGAAGCUAAGAAGACCGCUAUUCAAGAAGCUAAAAAUCUCAACACACUUCCUAUUGAUGAGCUCAUUGGUUCUUUGAUGACAUAUGAGCUAGAGAUGAAUGAUGGAGAUGACAACAAAGAAACUCACAAGAAAAAUCUAGCUCUUCAAGCCACUACCAAGGAGGUUGAAGUUGAGAAAGCUCUCGAUAAUGAAGAAGAGGAAGAAAUUGCACUCAUCACCAAAACCAUUUCAUCAUCAUCCAAGGACAAGUGGUUCCUUGAUAGUGGGUGCUCAAGACAUAUGACGGGGGACCAUUCAAAAUUUCUCUCUAUCGAGCCUCACAAAGGAGGAAGCGUAACAUUUGGAGACAACUCAAAAGGCAAGGUUAUUGGCAUUGGAUCUAUUGGUAUCUCUUCUUCCUUAUCUAUUGAUGAUGUGUUACUUGUUAAAGACUUAAAACAUAACUUGCUUAGCAUUAGUCAGCUAUGUGAUAAAGGUUAUGAUGUGCUUUUUAAAUCGAAUAAAUGCAUUGUUAAAAAGAAUAACAAUGAAGUGUUUCAUGCUCUUAGAAAUGAUAAUCUAGGAAAAUUUGAACCUAAAUCGGAUGAAGGUAUUUUCUUAGGAUAUUCUUCUCGUAGCAAAGCAUUUAGAGUGUUCAACAAAAGAACACUUAUUGUUGUUGAAUCCAUACAUGUUGUAUUCGAUGAGUCACAAUUGCCCCCUCCUACUUGUUCAUUGAAUGAUGAUGAGGAUAUAAUUGAGAUUGAAAAGAAUUUUGAGAAUCUUGAUCCAUACAAUUCACCUCUUGAAGAUCUCCCCAAAGAUGAUCCAAAAGAAAGUCAUCCUCAUAAAGACACACUCCCUAAGGAUUAG